AUGUCCUUGAUGUUGAUGUUCACGUCCUCAGUUGCGCGGCUGGCAUGUCUCGCCUUAUUGCUUGGUGUUCUCACUCCACCCGUCCGUGGGAAUAUCCAUAGUGUAUUCAAUAUCAAAUCGGGAACAACUGACGGAGGCUGUGAUGGAACGAAUAUCGAUGCUUGGUUCUCCGACGCGCAGACACUUGCAGCUUCUGCAGCUGCUGGUGCAGCGGCCACAGACCCAGACAGUCGAAAAUACAUCGAAACAUUCUUCAGUAUUGGCCCGAACGAUGACCCGAAGCAGGCAGGUGAUCCGAUUCGACUAGUUCAACAGGUCCUUGGCGGCACAACGCCUCCUGGUGGCAAACCCUGGCUCUUCUGCAGCAGCGACUGGUUGAAACAGAAGAAAUGGACAGAUGUGGCGAUUAAUGCGAGGACAGGUAAUCCUUACGCCAAUAGGAGGACAAUCCAGCAAGUACUGGUGAAGCCAAAAGGAGAAGUACCUUUCUGGUCAGAGGACCUUGUGGAAUAUGUGACAGGCCAACCUGGCGACUGGUGCUCGAAACCAGGUAACUCGGCGGCUACUCAAGAUCAGACCUUACCCAGUACCAUCACGCUCUGCGUCAACAACCUCCCAGGCCAUGAGGGAGCAACACUGGCAACUAUUCCUCUGGAUCCGGGAGAUGGAGUCUCUAUUUCAACUUUACAAGUCCAAUCGCUGAAUUUGUUCCACGAAAUGUUUCAUCUUGCACUCGGUACACAGGCCACUAAUCCCGAGACAUACGAUCUACUAGACAUCACCAGCCAUCCGACGCCCGUUGCCGUCAAAAACCCGGAGUCUUUCACGAUAUAUGCUCUCGCAUAUCACUUGGGGCAGAUAACACAGUACACUUUCGCAAAUACAGACUCGGUGAGAAAGCCACCACCAGCGGUUCCCAAGCGAGCCGAAUCCGUACUGGACAAAGACUUCUUGGCUAGGUUUCAAGCAGACAAGGAACGAUUGCCAUCCAAUGUGUGGCUGGCGUAG